UUGAAGGACACUCCACAACAGUUUGCCGAGAUGCGAGAGAGCUGCGCAAGAAAAACACCGAUGGGGAACUCAUAACCAGCAUCUCUCUGAAUAUGUCUGUGUAACCAAGGAUUUUGUUGUUGUUGCACGUCGCCAAGCUUUAGCUUUGCUAGCCAACGGUCGUCAAACUGGAGCGAGCUGAAGACAGAAAGGGCAGUUUGUCCCCGAUACACUUACAGCUGGGGUCUGUGCAGGACAGAAAAAAUGAAGUUCGCUCAGUUUUUGCUGAAAAGUAGCUCCAUCGCUGGGAUACCGAAACAUGUGGAGAGGUUUGCCAAGUUUUCCCCCUCUCCCUUGUCGAUGAAGCAGUUCAUUGACUUUGGCUCGGCCAAUGCAUGUGAGAAGACCUCCUUUGUGUUCCUGCGGCAGGAGCUUCCUGUCAGAUUGGCCAACAUCAUGAAGGAAAUCGAUUUCCUCCCUGACAAGCUCCUCGGCACUCCAUCCUUAAAGCUCCUCAUCAGCUGGUAUUCACAGAGUUUGAUGGAGAUUGUAGAUUUUUUAGAAAAGGAUCCAGAUGAUAAGGAUGUCCUGUCAAACUUUACACAGACUCUGGUCAACGUCCGUAAUCGGCACAACAAUGUCGUGCCCACCAUGGCUCAGGGUGUGGUGGAGUACAAGGAGGCCUUUGGCGUGGACCCCGUCACGAACCAGAACGUUCAGUACUUCCUGGACCGCUUCUACAUGAGCCGCAUCUCCACACGCAUGCUCAUGAACCAGCACACAUUGAUCUUCAAUGGCAGCGUGAACCCAGCCCACCCCAAACAUAUCGGCAGCAUUGACCCCACAUGUGAUGUUGUGGAGGUUGUUAAAGAUGCAUAUGAGACUGCGAAGAUGCUGUGUGAGCAGUAUUACCUGACCUCUCCUGAUAUGGAGAUCACAGAAGUUAAUUCCAAAAAUCCAGACCAGCCCCUCCACAUUGUCUAUGUGCCAUCCCAUCUCUACCAUAUGCUGUUUGAGCUUUUCAAGAAUGCCAUGAGAGCUACAGUAGAGACCCAUGAGACAAGCCCAACAUUGCCCCCGAUCAAAGUCCAAGUCUCACUGGGAACUGAGGACCUCACUAUAAAGAUGUCUGACAGAGGAGGUGGAGUCCCUCUUAGGAAGAUCGAGCGCCUGUUCAGCUACAUGUACUCCACGGCUCCCAGUCCAGUCCAUGUAGACAACGCUCGCAAUGCACCACUGGCUGGAUUUGGCUAUGGCCUACCCAUUUCCCGUCUGUAUGCCAAGUAUUUCCAGGGAGACCUGCAGCUCUACUCUAUGGAGGGCUACGGCACUUCAGCUGUCAUAUACUUGAAGGCCUUGUCCUCAGAGUCAGUGGAAAGACUUCCUGUUUUCAACAAGUCGGCCUUACGGCAUUACCAGACAAGCAUAGAAGCUGACGACUGGUGCAUGCCCAGCAAGGAUCCAAAGAAACUGGGCAAUUCCAAGAGGACUGUGUGAUGGUGGACUGAGGGAGGACACUCUAAAAUAGUUUGAAAAAAGAAAAAAGAAAAGAAUCCAUGUUGGAAGAAAUGGAUAAGCUUGUACUGUAAGUGGGAGAAGGCACCAGAGGCUUUCAGCAUGCUGCUGGACCUGGACCUGCGUAUGUGGAUUCCUUUGUUAAACGGAGGAAAAUGCACAUUGUUUUUGACAAGAACCAGAUUAAUGCACAGAAGUAACUGAGCUGAACUAUUCCUACCAGUCUCUAAGCAAUUUAAUUUCAUUUUACUACACAAUGAUUACAGGCUGCUAAUGGCAAUGGAACAAGUCAAGUAUUAAUCUCCUUUUGCCUCACUCAUUACACUCACUUUUUUUAGUUAUAAUAACAUGGUUACACUUUAAAGUAAGCAUGCUGUUUGUGUUAAUGUAAGAGUAUUUUGUUUGACAAUCUUAAGACUGGCCAAUGGUCUUUGGUCAGUUCAAUAAUGUUGUUUUUAGGUUAAAUGUGUAUCAAUGCCUCGAAAUCCCAAGACAGAACCAACUGCAGCAGGGCCACUUAAGUUAAACAGAAUAGGAACGUGUUCAACACAGCAUAAACACAAGAGGAACAAAGUCUGUUCCUCCUCUUUUGUUCAUGUAGGCAUUUUAGUCCUUUAGUACAUGCAGCAUUGCUUCACAAACAACUUCUGCAUUUUAUUGCAGUUUAGUUUUUUUACGACAGCAUUUCAGCUACAAGAAGAAUUUGCACUGGUUAUGCGUGGCCUAAAAUUAUAUUUUUGUUUUGAUGACGUCAGUGUAAAAUUUCAGUGUUUCAGCUUCUUAAAUAUGAGAUGGCAAUGAAAUGAGAUGUUUUUAAUGUAUGUCAGUAAGCUACCUACCUUAGCUUUCAACCCAUACAAGCUGAGCUCAUUUGUAGAGUUGGAUUAUUGUGGAUUAUUAUUGAUGGCUGUUUCAUAGAGCAAAAAAUGACAGUGUGCCUUUAUGGAGAAGAUUAGCUAAAAGAAAGCAUUGUGACAUAUUUAAAGUUCAGAUGUAUGAUUGAACUGUGAUUAAUUAUAUUUUAAUUGUAAAAUGGAGAGGGGAACCAUCACAAUAGUAACUCUCCCCUGUUGAAACUGGUGUGCGGUUAAUUGUUGUAGGAGCUAAAACACAGUUUAAAAACUUUUUCCAAGAAAGUUUUCAGUGUUUAAGAAUAACUGUGUAGAACAGCAGAGCCAUUUGAUAAAAUUCACCCUAAGUGUUUUGUAACGAUGCAUGUGUUAUAUAUUUAAGUGACCUACUUUAGAGGGUGUGGAGGUCUAUGGUAAAUUUUAACGCUAUAGUAGUGAUCUAACAGAUAUUGCCUUAUCUGAAUCUAGUUCAUAUGUUCCAGGUUUUCAUUACAAACCAGUCAUAUUUCAGUACACUGUAGUUCUUGUCGCAUUUAGACAUGCCUUCAGAUCUUGUCGAUUCAAAUCUGAACUCACUCAUCUUAGAUUUUUAUGAUUUGUGAACUGUCUGGGCCCUAAAAGAUAUGUUUGCAUUUUAUACUGUAUAACCUUCACUCUCAAAGGCCAUGUGUGACUGUACUGAAGGUGUGGUUCGCCACUAAAAGGACCAGUGAAUGUAGAAAAUAAAAAUAUCACACAACA